AUGACGGAGACCACGCGGGCAGCAGAGCACGAGGGCGCGGAUGGUAUAGCACCCAACACACCGCUGACAACGCUGGAUGACUCCCAGCCUAUAGACUGCCUGACACGGAGCCACUUCGAGCAGGCUAUGGAUGCAAUGGCAACAAAACUGAUUUUUACAUGGCAGGCGACGGCUGACCAAAUUAAAAAGGAGGUGAGGGACCUAUCAUCCAGGACCUCUGCAGUGGAAAAGCACUAUCAGGAGCUUACCUCCGCGCAAACAACAAUCUUGGAGCACUUACAGGUGCUGCGCUGCAAGAUGGAAAAUAUGGAAAUGAGAAUGGCGGACCACGAAGACAGGGCACGCAGGAAUAACCUACGGCUCCGGGGAGUACCAGAAACAGUCCUCCCCGACGAUCUGCAAGCCUAUGCACGAGGCCUUAUGAGGGCAUACGCCCCAGACAUACCUGCCGACAUGCUCCUGAUAGACAGGAUCCACAGGGUGGCGAAGCCAAAAAACCUGCCGGAUUCCAUACCGCGUGACGUCCUAUUUAGGGCUCACUAUUUUCACAUUAAAGAGCUGGUCCUCCGCUCUCACCGCAGCAGAGGAGGCACACACGUGGAUUUCCCAGCAGUGCGCAUCAUGGCGGACAUAUCAUCAGCCACUCUCCGCCGCAGGAAGGACUACACACAGACCACUACAGCACUCUGCAGCCACGGCAUACGCUACCGGUGGGGCUUCCCCACGAAGCUGAUUCUCUCCAGACAAGGGAAGACGACCGUUAUUUCGUCGCCAGAGGAGGGCAAGCGCUUCUUGGAAAAAUGGGGCCUACUGAAGGAGUCCUCGGAGGAGGCCCGCCUUGUCAACCGCAGCCCAGGCCGCACAACAGACAUGAACUGA